AUGGUGAAGGAAUGUAUAAUUAGCCAGAUUUUCGAAAAUGUUCGAAAUAUGAAAUAUGGAGAUGAGGAGCUGGGAAAAAAUGAGGAGCAUUUUGGUUUGAAGUGGUACGUUGGAAUCAAACGAUCUGAACAUUUGGGUGUCACUUUGUAUGCUUAUCGAAAUGGAAUUCGCGAAUCGAGCCCGGAUUUUUUCGCGGAUCUCAAAUUCACAGUUUUUUCAAAAAAUGGAGAAAUUCUUUCAAAAUCUGAAAACGACAAAAUUUUCAAGUCUGGAAUCACUCUUUAUUGGAAUUACAUCGAUUUUGCUGGAUGGAAUAAAGUGAUGGACGGAUUUUUGGAUUCAAAAGGAAAUUUAAAAUUGGAAGUUCGUGUGAAAAUUUUGGAAAAUUCUGGAAAUCAAAAAACGUUUUCAAAAGAACUGGAAAUUGGAAGAGAAUAUGAGACGGAAGCUGUAAGAAGAACUCAAAAGUAUUUUGAGGGAUUGAAGAUCGAUACACCAAAAAAAGUUGAACAUUCAAGAAGAGUUCAUUUUGUAGAAACAAGAGUGGUACCUUCAGGAAAAGCUGUUGAAAAAUCUUCAACAUUCGAAAAAAGAGAUUCGGAGCAAAAGAUUGAAAAAUGUCGAAAAAAUGCGAGAAGUUUUGAAGACAAACAAUUCUCAGAUGUUGUUCUUGUGAUUGAUGAACAAAAGUUCUAUGUUGCAAAAUUGUUCCUCUCUUCCCAAUCCCCCUACUUUGCUAAUCUCUUCUCCGAAAAUUCUGGAAAAUCGGAAAUCAAACUUUCAAAUUCAAAUCCUCAAAACUUCCAAUUCUUCCUAGAAAUCCUUUACGGAGAACCUGGACCAGAUGAAGAAACUGUAGAAGGAAUCUUAUCAAUUGCUGAUAUGUACAACACCCCUACUAUCAUCAAAAAAUGUGAAGAAUAUCUUUUGGAGAAAUCGACAAAAUCGUUGAAAGACAAACUGGAAAUGGCUGGAAAAUAUAAAUUGGACGCGUUGAGAAAAAGCUGCGUCUCUCGGAUUCGAACAGUAUCUGAUAUUCGUUCAGUGGCUCUGAAGAAUCCCAGAGAAAUGGACCAUUUGAUUCUUGCUGCUCUUUUUCAGAAGGUUUUAACUCUUGUUUGA